AUGGGACCUGCCUCAGGUCCCAGCCUGCUACUGUUGCUACUCACCAGCCUCCCCCUGGCCCUGGGGGAUCCCAUGUACUCCCUGAUCACCCCCAACAUCCUGCGGCUGGGGAGCGAAGAAAUGGUGGUGCUGGAGGCCCACGAUGCCACACAAGACGUUCAGGUCACGGUCACCGUCAGCGACUUCCCGGCCAAGAAGCAAGUGCUGUCCAAUGAAAAGAUCACGCUGACCAGUGCCUCGGACUACAUGGGCAGCGUCACCAUCAAGAUCCCGAUCAGCAAGGAGUUUAAGCCAGAAAAGAAGAACAAUUACGUGAUCAUCCAAGCGUCCUUCGGGGGCGUCCAGGUGGAGAAGGUGGUGCUGGUCAGCCUUCAGAGCGGGUACCUCUUCAUCCAGACGGACAAGACCAUCUACACCCCGGGCUCCACAGUUUUCUAUCGGAUCUUCACCGUGGACCACAAGUUGCUGCCCGUGGGCCGGACCGUUAUGAUCAGUGUUGAGACCCCUGAGAACAUCACCAUCAAGCAGGACUCCCUGUCUUCCCACAACCAGGUCGGCAUCUUGUCCUUGUCUUGGACCAUCCCAGAACUGGUCAACCUGGGUCAGUGGAAGAUUCGAGCGCACUAUGAACAUUCACCGAAUCAGGUCUUCUCCACUGAGUUUGAGGUGAAGGAGUACGUGCUGCCCAGUUUCGAGGUCACAGUGGAGCCUGCAGAGAAAUUCUACUAUGUCUAUGACCCAGAGGGCCUGCGGGUCACCAUUACAGCCAGGUUCUUGUACGGGAAGAACGUGGAUGGAACUGCCUUUGUCAUCUUUGGGAUCCAGGACGGCGACCAGAGGAUUUCGCUGGCCCAGUCUCUCACCCGCAUUAUGAUCGAUGAUGGCUCGGGGGAGGCUUUGCUGAGACGACAGGUGCUGCUGGACGGCGUGCAGCCCUCCGAAGAGUCUGCCCUGGUGGGGAAGUCCCUGUACGUGUCUGUCACCGUCAUCCUGCACUCAGGCAGCGACAUGGUGGAGGCGGAGCGCAGCGGUAUCCCCAUCGUCACCUCCCCCUACCAGAUCCACUUCACCAAGACGCCCAAGUACUUCAAACCAGCUAUGCCCUUUGACCUCACGGUGCUGGUGACGAAUCCCGAUGGCUCCCCUGCCCGCCACGUCCCUGUGGUGAUCGAGGGCUCUAAUGCACCUUCCCUAACCCAGGACGAUGGCAUGGCCAAGCUGAGCACCAACACGGCCGACAACACCCAGCGCCUGACCGUCACGGUACUCACGAGAAAGGAUGGUAUACCAGAAAACCAGCAGGCUAAAAACACCAUGUAUGCCCAGGCCUACAGCAUCAUGGGCAGCUCCAAAAACUACCUGCAUCUCUCCGUGCCCCGCGUCGAGCUCAAGCCGGGGGACACGCUCCAUGUUAACUUCCACCUGCGAGUGCACCAUGGCAGCGAUACCCAGAAGAUCCACUACUACACCUACCUGAUCAUGAACAAAGGGAAGCUUCUGAAGGCUGGACGCCAGAAGCGAGAGCCCGGUCAGGGCCUGGUGGUGGUACCUGUGACCAUCACUAAGGAUUUCAUCCCUUCCUUCCGCGUGGUGGCUUAUUACACGCUGAUUGGCAGCAGUGGCCAGAGGGAGGUGGUGGCCGACUCUGUGUGGGUGGACGUCAAGGACUCCUGUGUGGGCACACUGGUGGUAAAAGGUAGCGGCAAUAAUGACAGGAAGCCUUUACCUGGGCAGCAGAUGACCUUCAAGAUAGAAGGUGACCAUGGGGCCCGAGUGGGGCUGGUGGCCGUGGACAAAGGUGUGUUUGUGCUGAACAAGAAGAACAAGUUGACUCAGAGCAAGAUCUGGGACGUGGUGGAGAAGGCAGACAUCGCCUGCACCCCCGGCAGUGGAAAGGACUAUGCUGGAGUCUUCAUGGAUGCAGGUCUGGUCUUCAAGACCAACAAAAACCUGGAGACCCCCCAGAGGACAGAUCUUGAGUGCCCCAAACCAGCCGCCCGCCGACGUCGCUCCGUGCAGCUCAUGGAGAAGAGGACGGACAAAGCGGGUCAGUACUCGGACAAGCAGCUGCGCAGGUGCUGCGAGGACGGCAUGAGAGAGAACCCUAUGCGGUUCUCAUGCCAGCGCAGGGCUCGCUUCGUCAUCCUGAACGAGGCGUGCGUGAAGGCCUUCCUGGACUGCUGCAACUACAUCACCCAGCUGCGGCUGCAGCACGCCCGCAACAACCCCCUGGGCCUGGCCAGGAGUGAUCUGGAUGAGGAAAUAAUCCCAGAAGAAGACAUUAUUUCCCGAAGCCAGUUCCCAGAGAGCUGGCUAUGGACCAUAGAAGAAUUGAAAGAACCAGAGAAAAAUGGAAUCUCCACGAAGACCGUGAGUGUGUUUUUGAAAGACUCCAUCACCACUUGGGAGAUUCUGGCUGUGAGCUUGUCAGACAAGAAAGGGAUCUGCGUGGCGGAUCCCUACGAGGUCACAGUGAUGCAGGACUUCUUUAUUGACCUGCGGCUACCCUACUCUGUGGUCCGCAAUGAGCAGGUGGAGAUCCGAGCCAUCCUCUACAACUACCAAGACACAAAGCUCAAGGUGAGGGUGGAACUCCUCUACAAUCCAGCCUUCUGCAGCAUGGCCACCGCCAAGAAGAACUACCAGCAGACUCUGACGAUCCCACCCAAGUCGUCAGUGCCGGUGCCCUAUGUCAUUGUGCCCCUGAAGAUCGGUCUACAGGAGGUAGAGGUCAAGGCCGCAGUCUACAACUUCUUUAUCAGUGACGGUGUCAAAAAGACCCUGAAGGUCGUGCCAGAAGGAAUCAGAGUCAACAAAACUGUGGUUGUUCGCACACUGAAUCCACAAGGUGCAGGGGGAGUGCAGAGAGAAGAGGUCCGUCCUGCAGACCUCAGUGACCAAGUCCCAGAUACAGAGUCUGAGACCAGGAUUCUCCUGCAAGGGACCCCGGUGGCUCAGAUGACAGAGGACGCUAUUGAUGGGGACCAUCUGAAACACCUCAUCGUGACCCCCUCGGGCUGCGGGGAGCAGAACAUGAUCAGCAUGACGCCCACGGUCAUUGCUGUGCACUACCUUGACCACUCAGAGCAGUGGGACAAGGUCGGCCUGCAGAAGCGGCAGGACGCCUUGAAGCUCAUCCAGAAGGGGUACACCCAGCAACUGGCCUACAGACAACCGAGCUCGGCCUUCGCGGCCUUCCAGAACCGGGCGCCCAGCACCUGGCUGACCGCCUACGUGGUCAAGGUCUUCUCUCUGGCCGUCAACCUCAUUGCCAUAGACUCCCAGGUCCUCUGUGGGGCUGUCAAAUGGCUGAUCCUGGAGAAGCAGAAGCCCGACGGAAUGUUCCAGGAGGAUGGGCCCGUGAUACACCAGGAAAUGAUUGGUGGCUUCCGGGACCAAAACGAGAAGGAGGUGUCCCUCACAGCCUUUGUUCUUAUCGCGCUGCAGGAGGCUAAAGAUAUUUGUGAGAAUCAGGUCAACAGUCUGCCAGGCAGCAUCAAUAAAGCAGGAGACUUCCUCGAAGCCAGUUACCUGAAUCUGAAGAGACCGUAUGCUGUGGCCAUUGCUGGCUAUGCCUUAGCCCACUUAGGCAAGCUGGAGGGUUCCCACCUCAUCAAGUUUUUGAGCACAGCCAAAGAAAAGAACCGCUGGGAGGAACCUGGUAAGCAUCUCUACAACGUGGAGGCCACGUCCUACGCCCUCUUGGCCCUGCUCCUGCUUAAAGACUUUGACUUUGUGCAUCCUGUCGUGCGAUGGCUCAAUGAGCAGAGAUACUAUGGUGGUGGCUAUGGCUCCACUCAGGCUACCUUCAUGGUGUUCCAAGCCUUAGCCCAAUACCAAAAGGACGUCCCUGACCACAAGGCUUUGGACCUCGAGGUGUCCCUCAAGCUGCCCAGCCGGAGCUCCCCGGUCAAGUACCGCCUCGUCUGGGAAUCGGCUAGCCUCCAGCGCUCAGAAGAGACCAAGGUAAAUGAAGGUUUUACAUUAACCGCUGAAGGAAAAGGCCAAGGCACCUUGUCGGUGGUGACAAUGUACUAUGCCAAGCUCAAAGACAAAAGCACCUGCAAGAAGUUUGAUCUCAGGGUCAGCAUAAGCCCAGCACCUGAAUCAGUCAGGAAGCCUGAAGAUGCCAAGAGGACUAUGGUCCUUGACAUCUGUACCAGGUACUUGGGAGACCAGGAUGCUACUAUGUCAAUCCUGGAUAUAUCCAUGAUGACUGGCUUUGUUCCUGACACUGCAGACCUUGAUCUGCUGAGCACUAAAGUUGACAGAUACAUCUCGAAGUAUGAGCUGAACAAAGCCUUCUCCACCAAGAGCAAUCUCAUCAUCUACCUGGACAAGAUCUCAAACUCUGAGGAAACAUGUAUAUCCUUCAAAGUUCACCAGUACUUCAAUGUAGGGCUUAUCCAGCCUGGAUCAGUCAAGGUCUACUCUUACUACAACCUGGAGGAAACCUGCACCAUGUUCUACCACCCAGAGAAGGAUAAAGGAAUGCUGACCAAGCUCUGCCACAAGGAUAUGUGCCGCUGUUCUGAGGAGAACUGCUUCAUGCAGCACCUGGAUGAAAAGAUCACUGCAGAGUACCGGCUGGAGAAGGCCUGUGAGCCAGGAGUGGACUAUGUGUACAAGACCACACUGAAAAAGACGGUGCUGUUGGAUGACUUUGACGAGUACACAAUGCUCAUUGAGCAGGUCAUCAAAUCAGGCUCUGAUGAGGUGCAGGUUGGACAAACUCGCACGUUUAUCAGCCACAUCAAGUGCAGAGAUGCCCUGAAGCUGAAUGAGGGGAAACACUACCUCAUGUGGGGCGUCUCCUCCGACCUCUGGGGAGAGAAACCCAACAUCAAGUAUAUCAUCGGGAAGGACACCUGGGUGGAGCAUUGGCCUGAGGCAGAAGAAUGCCAAGACGAGGAGAACCAGAAACAGUGCCAGGACAUCGGUGACUUCACAGAGAGCAUGGUCGUCUUUGGUUGCCCCAAUUGACGACCUACCCCAUGCACUGUCCUUCCACCCCGCACCCCUCAAUAAAGUUUCAGUUAUA